CGGGCGUGUUGCUGUUUUUCCCCCCGUUAUCUGUGAGGUUGUAAAAGGGAAUUAAAAGCAAUAACUUAACUACUAUUAGAAGACUGAUUCAUCAGUACACGUUAAAACAACAGUAGACAUACCUGUAAAAUUAAAGAAGACUUUGAUGAGUAGUAUGAUCAAAAACAAUAGUAACAAUAAUAAUAAUAGCAGUAUUUCUGAAAGAAAUCAACAAAAUUGUUCAAUAUUUGAUAAUAUUUUAGAAGUUCACACAAAAGUUCUUGACUUAACCAAUACUGACUGUUGGAACGAUAUACCUAACUGCAUAAAUAACGGUACGGACGGGAUAUGUAGGAGUGAUUUGACACCGACAAAGAUAAUAACAACUGAUUCGAAAAAUGAAAUUUUACCAUCAAAUGGAUUACAUAAUCAUCCAAAGAAAUACCAUCCUCAACAACUUGAGCUAACAACAACUCAUAAGGACAAUAAUAAUGGUAAUUACAGUAAUUCUUAUGGUAAUCAUGACUUAAAUCUAAAAUUACACCCAAAAGAAGAAGAAAAGGGUCUGGGUGGAAGCGAUGCCCAUUUCAGAAAAUCCAAUAGUAAUAACGACGGUAGUAACACAGGACGAGAGAAAUUAUUAGAGUGGUUAAAGUUAAGUCAAGCUAAACGUGAUGAAAACAAUCGGCAGGUAUUUACAAGGUGGAUAGACAAAGUAGACAGUUUAAAUCAAUUGGAUUCGCCGCAGACUUUUAACAAUAAUAAUAAUGUUAUUAAUUCAACUAUAUUUGGAAUAAACGCUGGAACCAUUGAAAACUCUGAUAAUUGUAUGCAGCCAUCAUUAAUACCAAAUUUGAUGGCAUCUUCCGCCUUUUUUGUUGAUAAUCGUUUGAAUGUAGUUCAUACAAAUGAUUCAAUAGUACCGGCCUCAGUUCUACCAAAAAUAAAUACAGUAUAUCAGUCAAUAUGUUCCUCAUCUGCGUCAUCUUCACCUAUCAGUACAUACUUGCCAACCAUUAAAAAUAGCAGAAAUAAUCCUAUGCAUAAUUUGUCCUUUAUACCAAUGAUUAAACAAAAUCUUUUGACACCUUCCACAUCUCUUUCAAAUAUUGCUAAUAAUUAUUGUGAUAUUCAUCAGGGUAGUCAGCCACCACAUGAUUUAAGCGGAGUUAAUUUAAUGCUACAAUAUGACGAAGGAUUAAACGCUUGGUAUUUAACAGAUAACUGUAAUAAUAUGAUUUAUAACACCGGAGAGAAAAUCGUCAACAGCUCAAAUGAGACAGUAACAACACCUGUUGCAUCUAGCAUAAAUGAGUCAUGUGAUUUCACUAAUUUGAAGCAUAGUAAAAACAGGAAUAACGGGCACAGUGAUGAUGUACCGUUUCCUGCUACCUCUAUACAACAACAAAUAAAUACAUCUGAAGCACCUUGUUUUGUUGUCACCUCUACAAAUUAUAGUAUUAACAGUAGUAAUGCGAAUCAGUUUAUUUCUUCACAGUAUUAUCUACCUGUUCCAGUAUAUGCAAAUGAUAUUAUAGGGUCUAAUCGUUUAUAUUACUAUUAUAAUAAUUAUCAAAACCAAUAUCCGCAUGUUAUUACAUUGACAAAAAUGCCAUCGAAUGCUAUCACUGCUAAUACUACUACUACUGCUACUGUGUAUAAUAAUGGUGAUAAUGAUAAUACUGGUAAUAAUAUAAGUAACACUAAUAAUACAUUCCAGCAGAAUAAGCAACUUGAACAAGUAUCCCUACAGUCACCACCAUUUCAUGCUAAUCCUACAAAUGACACUGGUAUUCAGAGUAUGAAUAGUAUUAAUAGUAAUAAUAAUACUCUGUUAUCACCAUUCAUUUACAUAAUCCCAACUAAUAUUAAUAAUCAUAGUAAUAGUAAUAAUAAUAAUAAAUCUGUUGCACAUUUACUAACGCAUUCAUAUUCUGUUCAUGAGAAUUCUGUUAACCUAUCAACAGUACAACAAUAUGCAUCAGAAUUAGUGAAACUCACACAAUGUCAAUCGAAAAUUGGGAUAAUUAAAAAUGAUAAUUCCAAUGAUCUUAAUAAUUCAUCAAUAAGUAUAACAAUGACACCAGAUACAACAUGCUUGAACGAUUUCAAAGGAAAGCAAAUACCUUCAGAAGAAGUACAACAUUCACACAAUAUUUCAAAUGAUAUCAAUAAUACUCACAGUUAUAAUAUUAUCACAAGUAAUGAUAAAAAGAAUAAUAGUGACAGGAAUGUAUACAUUAAUACCGGCAAUAGUACGAUUGUCGAUAAUUCUAAGUUUACCACUUAUUUGGAUUCAAAAUAGAUAAAUAAAGUACACUUAGUUGAAUGAAACAGUAGGCAUUAAUUCUCUUCUGAGUUAAAUUCGAGUUAAAUCUACUACCUGUUUUUAUAAUUAUUAAAACAAUAAUUCACGCAGGGAAAAAUUUAACAGUCCCAUGAGCAACUAAUAGAACGAGUAAAAAAAUUAUACCUUCAAUUAAAUUAUCCUGUGAAAAUUCUAUUCAUCCAGUACAUGUUUAUUGUACAGUGUAAAUGAUUUUGAGGGAGAAUUUUUUUAACCUCAAUAAUAUUUAUUCAUAUCGUUUUAUUGGUCAUUGCUAUCUACUUUAUAAUCAUAAGUGAAUAUAGGAUUUAUCUUACUUCUAUCCUCAUAUUAUUAUUAUUAUUAUCAUCUUCCACUUCGGAAUUUCUUCCAAACUCUUUUCAACUGCGGACACUUAUAAGAUUUAAAAUUUAUAUAAUUUAUAUACACGCUGAGCAAAGGAGUAGCAUGGUUUGCAUUUCAUUCGUGUAAGUCAAGAUAUUUUUUUCGACAUGAACAACUUACAGUUUAUUUUUUCUGAUCAAUUAAAUUUUCCAUUACCCCUUACUGUUUCCAUUAUUCUCCCUAAUGUUAUUACACUUCUACUACUACUGUUAUUAUUAAUAUUGGAACUUUUAAUAAUAUCCCUUCAACUCUUUUGCUGAUACUUUCAGAAAACAUCAAUAAUGGGUAAAUAUUAUUAUUAAUAUUAUUAUCCCCUUCACACACACAUUGUACACACUCUAAAACCAA